GCACCAGCACCUGUUGAACCCUGAAAUUAAGAUGGACAAAGGAAAAUAAGAUUGUCGUCGUUGAUCCCCAGUUUCCUUGCAUGUCAUCAUCCUCUGGCUCUGUUGCUGCAUGGGAAAUUCAUUUAAUUUCUAUUUCCCUCUGAUCAAAUGAAAAGGGAAAAUAACAGACCCGAGGAGAUAGCAGACGCAACAAUACAAUGGGAUCCUAUUAUUGCCUGCUGUAGCCCAAGGGACUGAAGGACUAAAAAGGGAUAUUUCAGGGGCGAUUACAAUAAAAUCUAGUGACUUAUAUUGCAUCAAUAUAUUGCGGCAAUGUUGGAAUAUUGGACUUGUCUGAUUUCUCUAAAACAUGAACAAAAAUGCAUAUAUCCCAAACCCGUGAGUUGCGAUAAUGAAUGAGCGCGCGCAGUCCGUCCUGUUAUUCCCAGAGGUGGCAGAUUUGCGCCUAGUCAGUGCUGAUGCUGACACGCCCCCUGCCUGUCACGAGGAAGAGCAGGUAGACAAAAUGGCUUUGCUGACGCAGGACUUCAAUGGAAAUAUACCCGAGAUGAAAGAUCCAGGCGAGAAUCAAAACUUUGGGUACCAGUGUAUUACGGAGACUAAUGGACCACUUGUUGAAAUGGACAAUGGUGUGGUGGGUCUUAGAUGUUAUAAUGGUAACCCACCAAGGAAUGGCUCAGUAAAUGCAAAUGCAGAUCAAAUGCAUGGGUCAGCCAUGAAUGAGAAUACCCCAACCCCUCAUCUCAACAAAGAGCAGCACUGUUCAAUAGAGCAGGAGGAGAACUGCCGCGCGCAGGCGGACGUGGCGCACAGCAUGGGCUCUUCCCUCUUCUGCCUGGAUGACGAAACGCAAACACAUAGCGCCCCUCUCGUGCGUGAAGUCAGCCGUGGAGCUGUGAAAGAUCAGUGUCAGAUUUGUAAAGCGAGUUCCCAGGCCGGGCAGAGGGAGGGGAGCUCUGCGCCUGUCACCUAUUGUAUCAGCGCAGAAGCGCAGCCAGCACAUGAGCGCGGACAGACAGGCAGUGCGGGACAGACGGCUGUGCCGAGAGAGAGCGACUCAGAAGCUACACAGGGAAACCAAGCACCGCAGUCCAGGCAGGAAGGAUGGGGAUGUGGAAACGGCGUAUGUGCUUCCGAAGAGGAUACUGAUUUAGUGAUUGAAGUGUCUGGAAAGAAACUUGAAGUGCAUAAAGCCGUUUUGUCUGAGAAAAGUGACUAUUUCAAGGCGCGGCAGUCCCGAGACGUAUUGCGAGUGAAGGGGGUGAGUUUUAAGACUUUGACAAUAUUGGUGGAUUACAUUUACUCAUCCCGAAUGCAGGUUAGUAAGGUUAAUAUUGUAGAGGUCAUCACCGGGGCUAAAGUGUUACAAAUCCCCUGCGCGGUUCAAGCUGCUGUCGAUAAAAUGUCGGAGCAGAUUACCGCUGAGAACUGCUAUGAGAUUUUGACAAUAGCCAAAAGGCAACGUCUCGGUGAAUUGAAGGAGAAAGCCUACAAGCACAUGAGUGACAAUUUCUUGGAAAUACUGCGGGAUCCCGCUGUCUAUGGGCGUUUGACGGGAGGAGAGAGAGAGCUGAUUCUCACUAUGAGAAUGGAGGGAAAGAGGGCGUUGAUGGUGGCUGAAAUCAACGAGGUGUAUGACCGCGCCGGGAGCAGACCUCCAAGCCGUGAGAACAGUCGCCCUCAGAGCCCUCUAUCGAUGGUGUCCCUGGAGGAGAACCAUGUGAUUUACUAUUACAACGAGGAGACAAAGGACUGGAAAGUGCUGACGAAGAUGCCGGAUGAAAUCAACACAAAGGGCUCUGGGAUAUGCACCAUGUACAAUUACCUAUUCGUAGCAGGUGGAAUCAAAGUUCAGGGCGACAAAGGCAAGGUCUCAGACAAGGUGUUCUGCUACAACCCUCUCACUGACAGCUGGAGCGAAAUACGACCGCUCACCCAGGGUCGGUCUCAGCUCAAGCUGGUGUCCAUGGACGGCUACCUGUUCGCAAUCGGAGGGGAGUGUCUCUUCACCGUGGAGAAGUACGACCCUCGCACGGACAGAUGGAGCCCUGUAGCACCGCUACCAAAAGGGGCGUUCGCUGUUGCGCAUGAGGCAACGACAUGCAAUGGAGAGCUGUUCGUAUCCGGAGGCUCUCUCUUUUAUCGUCUGCUAAGAUAUGACACUAGAAGAGCCGACUGGGAGGAAUGCCCGUUCAACAACAGCAGAAAGAAAUCCACGGACAUGGUGGCGUUCAAAAACUUCAUCUACAGGUUUGACGUCAACCGUGACUAUGGCGUCAACGUGUUCAAAUAUAACACUGUGGUGAAAAUAUGGCAUGAUAGUGCGUCCCUGGAGCAGACCAACCCCUUGCCCUUUCGCUGUGCUGUCAUUGGCAACACUAUUUACUGUGUGAACAAGUCCCAAACAUUGCAGUUUGUUGUGGAAGAGGAGAAUGAACAGUUUUUGCCUGAGGCAGAAGCACUCAAAGCACCUGGAGAGGCUAAAGGUGCCCUUGUUCCAUUUGUUCUGGCUCUGCCCAAGACAGCCUGAGACAGAAUAAUGCACAAUAAUUACCUAUUUUUGGAGAAUCACUAAAAGCGUCCUCAGAAAUGUUAUAUGAGGACAAAAUAUGUUGUGUUUGAUAAAAGACUGUGAUAAGAAUGACAAAUUAAAUCAUUUGUCCAUUUUCAUGAACAGUAUUUGUAACUCCUACCAGAGGACAAUAAUAUUGUGACAGGCUUCUCUUAUCUUGCCUCUAUGACUGUACACUUCAACAGUUCCACAGAAACAAUGUAGCCUACUGCAUAGACCUAGGUGAUAUCAAUAGGCAGAACCUUUUCAUCAAAAGCACUGCCAAAGCAAUAUUUAUUCCCAAGCAUUUAUAAUUCAACGUUAACAUAACUAUCGCAUGAUUCAAAUUGUUUUCCUCUCUAAGAGUAUUACAUGUUAUUACUAAAUGGAAACAUUACCGUGUUCUUUAUUAGAGUAGGAAUAAAACGUGUUGCAAAGCAGCUGUUGCCAAAGGCAGCGGACACAUAAACAAUGGGAGAUCACAGGGAUCUAAGAAUAUAAAUGGAUUCAGUUUUGAUAUAAUAUAACCUAGCUACUAUGACCUUAUUACAGUGAAUGAUAGAACAUCCCACCAUAAGGUAAAGGAUUUGAAGCAUCAAGAAACCUAUUUGAAUGUCUACAAAAGUCUGGUUUGAGUGACUAUAUUGUCUAUUUGUCUGUGGCCUGGAUAAUGACAUAUCUUUUUCACAUUACUGUAAGUAUGGCAUCUUUAGGUGGACUUGUCUUCGAAACCCUCUCAGCCCUGAUGCCCUAACCACAGGCGGACAGGCUCAUUCUAGAGCUGGGCAUAUUGACCGAUAACGGCAACUCUCCAAAAUGUGCUGAGUUAGGCACUAAAGAUAUUUGUGAGAUUCAUGUUUUUUUGGCAGUGCAACUAGACACCUUAGUGUUUCUUUUAUUAUUAUUAUUUUACACUUUUCACCCUUGCUCGUGGCGAUUGCGCAAUAGUUUAUGAAUCAAUCCAUCAAUGGACAGCAGUUUGUGAAAUGAAUGUACUCGACGGCAUGUUGUGAAAUUCACAUUUGGGAUAGUUGCUGUUGCUGCACAGCUUCCUUUUAUAGUGCCUGGAGAGGGCUAAGGCUGUUUACAGCAGGGCCAGGGCUUUGCUCCAAUGUGUGCUUUGCCUUGUCACCCAGUCCAGCCAGCAGGGACAAAGAGAGGGUAAUUCACUCAAGCUUCAAGGGGAAAAGACUCACUGUGAAAUGAGAAUAUGACCCUGUCUGCCAGUGAAUGAAAAUCCAAUUGUGUUACACACACACACACACACACACACACACACACACACACACACACACACACACACA